GGGAAGAGGCGUGACCAGGGUUCGGCGAGGUGUACUGUUUCCUACAGUAUCUUUCUGUGGCCUUCCAGCUGCUAUUGAAGAGAGAAGACCCAGGUUGAAGCUAACAGUUGGAGUCUCUUUGACGAACACCUCGGUUCUGUCCCGGGGAUUAAAGGGCAAACCGAAGCCUGAAUGGGCGCGGUCAUUUCCUGCAGUUCGCGUGAGGACAGCAGCCGUGGCAGGUGUGGGCCCCGUGACCGAAGGAACCAAGAUGCGGAACCUGGUCCCCCGAGGUAAAAAGAUUGCCAUAUCAACUCACUGAAGCAAUAGCGUCACUGACUUGUCUUUUAAACUGCAUCAACUAUGAAGCAAUAAUAUCUGAGAACAAAUGAACAUUUGCCAACUAACUCAUCACAAUUUCAAGUGAUUGUAUAAGCAGAAACAAGCUGCAACAGACCUAUGUGUCAACUCUUACAGAAAGAAUGCUUUUUUCAGAUGCUGUUUAUUUAGAAACAGUUUUAGUAUAUCACAUUUAAGUUAUAUUUAUAUCAAAUGAAAUAAAAAUGAGUGAAGCCCCCAGAUUCUUUGUUGGACCUGAGGAUACAGAAAUAAACCCUGGAAAUUAUCGACACUUCUUCCACCAUGCAGAUGAAGAUGAUGAGGAGGAGGAUGAAUCUCCACCGGAAAGGCAGAUUGUGGUUGGAAUAUGUUCCAUGGCAAAGAAAUCUAAAUCCAAACCAAUGAAGGAAAUUCUUGAACGGAUCUCCUUAUUUAAAUAUAUCACAGUAGUAGUAUUUGAAGAAGAUGUUAUUUUGAAUGAACCAGUGGAAAACUGGCCUUUGUGUGAUUGUCUUAUUUCUUUUCAUUCUAAAGGAUUUCCACUGGACAAAGCAGUUGCCUAUGCAAAACUCAGGAAUCCAUUUGUAAUCAAUGACUUGAAUAUGCAGUAUCUCAUACAAGAUAGGAGAGAAGUAUAUAGUAUUCUUCAAGCUGAAGGUAUUUUACUUCCUCGUUAUGCAAUUUUGAAUCGUGACCCAAAUAAUCCCAAAGAAUGUAAUCUGAUUGAAGGGGAAGAUCAUGUAGAAGUAAAUGGGGAAGUUUUCCAAAAGCCGUUUGUAGAAAAGCCAGUCAGUGCAGAAGACCACAAUGUUUACAUUUAUUAUCCAACAUCUGCUGGUGGUGGAAGUCAAAGACUCUUUCGAAAGAUUGGCAGUAGAAGUAGUGUUUAUUCCCCAGAAAGCAAUGUACGAAAAACAGGCUCAUAUAUAUAUGAAGAGUUUAUGCCCACAGAUGGUACUGAUGUUAAGGUUUAUACAGUAGGUCCAGAUUAUGCCCAUGCUGAAGCUCGAAAAUCUCCUGCACUUGAUGGCAAGGUGGAACGAGAUAGUGAAGGAAAAGAAGUAAGAUACCCUGUUAUUCUCAAUGCACGAGAGAAAUUAAUUGCUUGGAAAGUCUGCCUUGCAUUUAAGCAAACAGUUUGUGGCUUUGAUUUGUUACGGGCCAAUGGACAGUCCUAUGUCUGUGAUGUCAAUGGCUUCAGUUUUGUGAAAAAUUCCAUGAAAUACUAUGAUGAUUGUGCAAAAAUACUUGGGAAUAUUGUAAUGCGAGAGCUUGCUCCACAGUUUCACAUCCCCUGGUCGAUACCCUUAGAAGCUGAAGAUAUCCCGAUUGUACCAACUACAUCUGGAACUAUGAUGGAACUUAGAUGUGUCAUAGCUGUCAUACGUCAUGGGGACCGAACACCAAAACAAAAAAUGAAAAUGGAAGUGAGGCAUCAAAAAUUCUUUGAUCUUUUUGAAAAGUGUGAUGGAUAUAAAUCUGGGAAAUUAAAGCUCAAAAAACCAAAACAAUUACAGGCAAUGCUGGAUAUUGCACGACAACUUCUUAUAGAGUUGGGACAAAAUAAUGAUUCUGAAAUUGAAGAAAACAAGUCAAAACUUGAACAACUUAAGACCGUGUUAGAGAUGUAUGGCCAUUUUUCUGGAAUAAAUCGUAAGGUCCAAUUAACCUAUCUCCCUCAUGGUUGUCCUAAGACAUCUAGUGAGGAAGAAGACAGCCGAAGAGAAGAGCCAUCCUUACUUCUGGUUCUAAAAUGGGGAGGAGAACUAACCCCUGCAGGCAGGGUCCAGGCUGAAGAACUUGGAAGAGCUUUCAGGUGUAUGUAUCCUGGAGGUCAAGGAGAUUAUGCAGGAUUUCCUGGUUGUGGUUUACUUAGAUUACAUAGUACUUACCGACAUGACCUUAAAAUAUACGCCUCUGAUGAAGGACGAGUCCAGAUGACUGCAGCUGCUUUUGCAAAGGGGCUGUUAGCUCUAGAAGGAGAACUUACACCCAUUCUUGUUCAGAUGGUGAAAAGUGCAAACAUGAAUGGCCUUUUGGAUAGUGAUAGUGACUCUUUGAGCAAUUGUCAGCAACGUGUGAAAGCAAGACUUCAUGAAAUACUUCAGAAAGACAGAGAUUUUACUGCUGAAGAUUAUGAAAAGCUUACUCCGUCUGGAAGCAUUUCUCUUAUCAAAUCAAUGCAUUUAAUUAAAAAUCCUGUGAAGACCUGUGACAAAGUGUAUUUCUUGAUACAAAGUUUGACUUCUCAAAUCAGACAUCGAAUGGAAGAUCCCAAAUCAUCAGAUAUUCAGCUUUAUCAUAGUGAGACCUUAGAGCUCAUGCUACGUAGAUGGUCCAAGUUGGAGAAAGACUUUAAAACAAAGAAUGGAAGAUAUGAUAUUAGUAAAAUCCCUGACAUAUAUGACUGUAUAAAAUAUGAUGUCCAGCAUAAUGGUUCCUUGAAAUUAGAAAACACAAUGGAAUUAUAUAGGCUUUCAAAGGCAUUAGCAGAUAUUGUUAUCCCUCAGGAAUAUGGUAUAUCUAAAGCUGAAAAACUGGAGAUUGCCAAAGGCUACUGUACUCCUCUAGUUAGAAAAAUUCGCUCAGAUCUUCAAAGGACACAAGAUGAUGACACUGUAAAUAAACUCCAUCCUGUGUAUUCCAGAGGUGUUCUGUCACCUGAACGUCAUGUCCGUACCAGAUUAUAUUUCACCAGUGAAAGUCAUGUACAUUCUUUACUGUCUAUUCUUCGCUAUGGUGCCUUAUGUGAUGAGUCAAAGGAUGAACAGUGGAAACGAGCUAUGGAUUAUUUAAAUGUUGUCAAUGAACUCAACUACAUGACUCAGAUUGUUAUCAUGCUUUAUGAGGAUCCUAACAAGGAUCUUUCCUCUGAGGAGCGCUUUCAUGUUGAAUUACAUUUUAGUCCAGGAGCCAAAGGAUGUGAAGAAGACAAAAAUUUACCAUCUGGCUAUGGAUAUAGACCAGCUUCAAGGGAGAAUGAAGGCAGGAGAUCUUUUAAAAUUGAUAGUGAUGAUGAGCCACAUACUUCUAAAAAAGAUGAGGUUGAUCGAGCUGUGAUAUUGUUUAAACCUAUGGUAUCAGAGCCAAUUCAUAUACAUAGGAAGUCUCCACUUCCAAGAUCUAGGAAGAUGGCUGCAAAUGAAGUAAAUUAUUCAACUAAAACCUUGAAGACUUUUUCCAGCGUCCAUCAUCUCCAUGGAUAUCAGAAGUUUGUACUUCCAAAAGACAUACAGAGAAAAAGACUAUUCUCUUCAUUUUGUGCAAAGAGCCCCCUGAGUGUGUCUAGCCCAGAGGGUACUGGUACCUGGCUGCAUUACACCAGUGGUGUGGGUACUGGGCGUCGAAGACGCAGAUCAGGGGAACAAAUCACUUCUUCCCCUGUCUCCCCCAAAUCAUUGGCUUUCACAUCCAGUAUUUUUGGCUCAUGGCAACAGGUUGUAUCUGAAAAUGCUAAUUACUUGCGAACACCAAGAACUCUUGUAGAACAGAAGCAGAACCCUACUGUAGGGUCUCACUGUGCGGGCCUGUUUAGCACCUCGGUGCUCGGGGGUUCUUCAAGCGCACCUAACCUACAGGAUUAUGCUCGUACUCAUCGUAAAAAGCUGACCUCUUCUGGCUGCAUAGAUGACGCCACACGCGGUUCUGCUGUUAAAAGGUUUUCUAUCUCAUUUGCUCGACACCCAACCAAUGAACACCUACACCUCUAUAGGUGCUGGUCCGUUUCCUCUGUGGAAUUUCUAGGCUCCAGUGGCUUUGAAUUGUAUUCGAUGGUGCCAUCUAUUUGUCCUCUAGAAACUCUUCACAAUGCCCUGUCUUUAAAGCAGGUGGAUGAAUUUCUUGCUUCCAUUGCUUCUCCAUCAAGUGAAGUUCCACAGAAGACCCCUGAAAUUUCCUCUUCAGCUUCACGUUCCAGUCCAAUAAUAAGAAGAAAAGUAUCUUUAAAUACGUAUACACCUGCAAAGAUCCUCCCAAUGCCAGCAGCUACCAUAAAGAGUACUAAAGCAAGCAGCAAAACAGCUCCCAGCGGACCUUCUAGUAUGGUUGUUCCUAAUACCUCAUCUCGGAAAAAGGGUGUGAGUAGCAAAACAGAAAUGCAUGAACACAAAAAAAACACUGCGAAAAAAAAAUGAAAUCUUCUUAACAGAAGAUGGAACUCAUUAUACUUAUAAAAAAUCACAUGUUCAGUAGAAAGAGACACGUAAUAAACCUUGACUGAAAAGUUCAAAGCAAGUAAUUUGUGUCUCCUUAUACAUCUCUGUAUUAAUUUAAAGAUAUAUGACAUCUAGAGAAUUCUUUGUAUAUAUUCAGGUAAGGCCUUUGUCAUGAUCUGGAAAUGUUUAAAACAAUGUUUAUUAGCAUUUUAUGAGUAGCAAAACUUAUGGUGAUAAAGGUCUGUUGUUCUGAAUGUGAUGUUUACUGUGUGCCUGUGGUAAAGAAGAGGAACAGGAAAGCCCUGACUGCCUGUGCCAGUGUCACACAGUAAUGCUGUUUGCUGAAGAACCUGUGAGGUGGCCUCUGUACACAUUUUCACUUUCACAGGAUCACAUCUGGGCUGCAAAAACCUAUAGUUUGAAAUCUGAUGGCCAUACUGGGGACUUUUAAAAAGCAUAUUUCCAAAGAGAUUUCAUUGACCAUUUAGAUUAGAAACCUUUUUUCCCCAAUUGUUAUGAUUACAUAUAUGCUGCAAUAUUUAAUAACUGGAGUAUUGGCAUAUGGGUUAUUUUUUCAAUCUAUGUUUUGAAUUUUUAUUGUGUAUUAUUUAAAAUAUUACAUAUGCAGCUGGGAUAACUAUACCUUUAUGCACAUAAAUUUGUAUAUUAAUUUGUAGAAAAUAUUUUCUUUAUAUAUUUCCUUACCAUAAGGUGCUUUUGUUCAUCAGGACAAUCUUUCUUCGUAUAUUGACAAGAAAGACAUCUUUAGAGUUUCUUUUUAAGAUAUAGCUGACAAGUUUAUAAAUGUUAGUUAUUUUCAGAGUUCUUUUUAGAUGUAAAAAACUGAGUUCCAGAAUGGAGGUAAUCAAUGUAAGAAGAGUAUCUGAAUUCCAUUGUUAGUAGAUAUUAUGUAUAGCAUCUGUUUUUACCAUUUCCAUUCUUAUCUCUAGCAUGUCAGUUGAUCUCACUAAGAUAACUUAAAGAUUGAGCAUUUGAAAUACAUGCUCAUUUCAAAUGAUUAGAUUUUUGAAGGGAAAUUGAGAUUAUUGCAUUGUGAUUUCAUCUAUGAUGUGAAAAAAUAUUUAUUAUCCUUGGUGCUUACUUUCCCCUGAUGCACAAAUAAUUAUUGUAUAAACCACUUGAAAUGACUUAAACUGUAAACCAAACAGUACAUCCUGAUAAGAAUUGCAUCCAUUGCCAGUUAGGUAACUUAAAUUACUAAAGCUUUAGUUUGAGGCUUAUGUUUAGAAAAAUUAUUGAAUUCUCAUAUGAAUGCAGCUAUUCAAAUCCUUCAGUAGAGACUCUCCUAACCUUAAAUUAUCAUAUAUGAAUUGACUUUAGAAAAUAAGCAUAGUACGUGUUCAUUUUAAAAGGUACCAGAUGCAAAAGUCACAAAUAUAUACAAUUCUAUAAGUUCAUAUAUUUCACAUGAAUGUAAAUGUAUUAUAUGGAGACAUGUCUUGUAAACAGUUGAAUGUACCUAAGCUUUCUGUAUGUGAAAAUGUGGUUAAUGUGCUCAUUGUCAGAGUAAAGAAACUACUUUUAUUUUUUAAGUGGAACUGAAUUAAAAUAUUUUAUUUCUAGAA